AUGAGGGGACGCCCUGCGCGGGAGAGAGGCAUUUAUUGCACCCCUAGAAGAGAAAAGAAAUGGGAUGAGACAAUAUAUGCUGAUAUGUUUUUCUAUCUCCGAGAGCAUCCGGAGUUUCAAAGGGACUGUGGUAUCAGAGCUCCCUCUGAUCCAAUGGUUUUGGCCCUUGAAAAAGAAAACAAGGCCAAGAAUAAGAGGCAGACACGGUUGAAAAGGUGUUGCUCUACGUGUAGCAUAGGGCAGAGGUGUCUUAAACUUGAGGAAUUAAAGGACCUGCCUGAAUUUUAUCAGUCUCCAGGAAAAUUGCAAGAGGUAGUGACAGAGAGUUCGGAAAAUAAUGUAGGAAGUUCUGGGAGUGGCAGCAAUUCAGAUAGUGAUACUGGAGUCGGUUCCCAGAGCUAUGCUCAGAGAAGCCCAGUGGCAAGAAGGACCCAAGGACAGCAAGCAAAUGCCCCGGCUUCCCAGGCACUCAUUCAAGCCCCCCUGCGACAAGCAGUAGGGCCUGAGGGGGACCCAGUUUGGAUUAAGGUGCCUUUUACAAGUCAUGAUUUGGAUAGUUGGAGAGAAAAGGCUAAAAAUUAUUGUAACGAUCCCACAGGGACAGCUACACAUUUUCGAUUCAUGAUUAGGCAGCACAAUCCAGACUGGGACGAUAUCCAUUUACUAUUAGAACAAAUGACCAAAACAGAGAAACAAUUAAUUGAAAAACAUGGAUUGGAGCUAGCCACAGAAAGAAUUCAAACCCGGGGAGGGGGGGCAAACAUUGGAGAUGUAUUUCCACUCCAAAAUCCAGAAUGGAAUAUGAACAAUGCCCUGCAAAGGACUAGAUUGGAGGAAUACCGGGAGUUUGUAGCCAGGGGAAUAGAAAAAGCCAUUCCGAAAACAAUUAACUGGUCUGUGUUAUACUCGGUCAGACAAGGACCUGGUGAAUCACCCUCGGAAUUCUUAGAUAAGCUGAGGGAAGUCAUGAGGAAAAACACCUCUCUUGACCCCAGAUCAGAAGUAGGUAUACAACUGGUAUCCCUAUUUAUUGGGCAAUCUGCUAGUGAUAUCAGAAAGAAGUUGCAAAAGUUGUCACCCCCACAGGGAAGGGAUUUAGAGGCACUUUUGGAUGGAGCAUGGAGAGUAUUCUCUAACAGGGAAGAAGAAAAUAGGAGAAAAGAAAAGAGAAUGUUGGUAGCAGCGUUACAGGAAAAUGCCUUUUUCUAUUUACCCCUGGCCCCUGAGAGCCAGCUACUGUUUGCCUUUGAAUGGGAGAACCCAGAAACUAACUGAAAGUGUCAAUUAACUUGGACAGUCUUGCCCCAAGGAUUUAAGAACAGCCCUACUAUCUUUGGAAAUCAGCUUGCAAAAGAAUUAGAAAAGUGGGACAAGCCAGAAGGCAAGGGAGUUCUGCUACAGUAUGUAGAUGACAUCCUGCUGGCCACGAAGACCAGGAUGGAUUGUGAAAGAUGGACUGUGAGUAUGCUGAAUUUCCUGGGACCGAAUGGGUAUCGAGUUUCCCCACACAAAGCCCAAAUAGUACAGCAACAAGUAACCUACUUGGGAUAUGAAUUAACAGCAGGACAACGAGUGCUGGGCCCCAAAAGAAAGGAGGCCAUCUGUUCUAUUCCACUUCCAAACACAGUAAAGGCACUCCGAACCUUUUUGGGAAUGACAGGGUGGUGCCGGUUGUGGAUUUAUAAUUAUGGCCUACUUGUGAAACCCCUCUAUGAGAAAGAGACUAAGGACUUGCAAUGGAAUGGAGAAGCUGAACAAGCUUUCCGUACCUUAAAGAAGGAAUUGAUGAGGGCACCAGCACUAGGCCUACCUGAUGUCACUAAACCUUUUUUAUUGUAUUCCCAUGAAAGCCAAGGGAUAGCACUUGGAGUCCUAGCACAAACCUUAGGACCCUACCAAAGGGCGGUGGCAUACCUCUCUAAACAACUGGAUGAGGUAAGCAAGGGAUGGCCAGGAUGCCUGAGGGCUGUGGCAGCAGUUGUAAUUAACAUUCAAGAGUCUUGAAAAUUCACGAUGGGGCAGAAGAUCACGGUCCUGGUAUCACACACCAUCUCUGCUGUUCUAGAAGCCAAGGGAGGACACUGGCUGUCUCCGCAACGAUUUCUUAAAUACCAAGCCAUCCUAGUGGAGCAGGAUGAUGUAGAAAUUAAAGUUGCUAACUUUGUCAAUCCAGCUUCUUUCCUCCAGGGUGGUGAUGGAGAACCAGUUAUUCAUGAUUGUUUGGAAACAAUUGAGGCCACUUAUUCCAGCAGACCUGACCUGAAGGAAGAACCCCUGGAAAAGGCAGACCAUAACUGGUACACUGAUGGAAGCAGUUUUGUGAUCCAGGGAGAAAGAAAAGCUGGGUACGCUGUAACUACAGGAGAAGAGGUAAUCGAGGCAGAAGCCCUACCAAGUAACACCUCCGCUCAAAAGGCAGAGAUAAUAGCACUCACCAGAGCUCUUGAGCUUUCCCAAGGGAAAAGUGCAAACAUAUGGACUGACUCCAAGUAUGCCUUUGGGGUGGUACAUGCCCAUGGAGCCAUUUGGAAGGAAAGAGGACUGUUGACAUCUCAAGGAAUAGGUAUUAACAUACUGAGGCUGCUAGAAGCAGUGCAGAAGCCAAGCAAAGUAGCCAUAAUGCACUGCAAAGCACACUGGUCAAGAAAGAGGCAACAGACUGGCAGAUGA